AUGGACGAUCAUAUCUCUGUUCAUGGUCGCAUUAAAGCUUAUAAGUUUGUUGCCUACAUAGCAAUUCUAUUCUCGUUCGUUUCUAUUUUAUCCAUUUCAACAGCAUUACCGAUUGUAUACAAUUAUGUUCGUCACGUUCGACAGCAAAUGAAGAAUGAUAUCGCUUUUUGCAAGGCUACGGCACAAGACACCGAUGGUGAAAUUGUAUCGCUAGAAAAGCUCCCUCUGUCUCCUCGUAACAGAACAUCACGUCAAAUCAAAAACCAAUGUGAAGGAUGUUGUUUAGUGGGGCCUCGAGGUCCUAAAGGACCACCUGGAAGAAGUGGUAAGCCUGGAAAGCCUGGAGCACCAGGGCUACCUGGUAAUCCAGGACGACCUCCAAGCCAACCAUGUGAACCAAUUACUCCACCGCCAUGCAAACCAUGCCCACCAGGGCCACCAGGUCCUCCAGGCCCUCAAGGGCCGCAAGGAGACGAAGGAGAGGAAGGUGCUGCGGGCUAUCCUGGACCAGAUGGAAUUCAGGGAUUAAGGGGAGCAAAGGGACCGCCCGGCCCACCAGGCCUGACUGGACCACGAGGGCUACCAGGCCGUCCAGGCCGAGAUGCACCUAAUGAACCAGUGUUACGAGGGGAGCCCGGAGAACCAGGUUAUGAAAUAGCUCAAAGUUAUAAAGGUCCACGAGGUCCACGUGGACGUCAAGGACGAAAUGGAAUUAAUGGGAAACCAGGACCUCGAGGGCCAGCUGGCGCAAAGGGCCGAGAUGGUAAAUGCGGAAGAGACGGAAAAGCGGGUCCAAGAGGACCGCCGGGACCUCCGGGCCGACGUGGUGAACGCGGUGUAUGUCCGAAAUACUGCGCUAUCGAUGGCGGCGUUUUCUUUGAGGAUGGAGCACGUCGCUAA